UUGACUACAAAAACGACGUUCGGCCAUUGCUUCGCGAUGGUGGCUUCGGGAGGGCUUCACAUGAAAUCAUCAAAAUAAACAAAUCCACCACGCCGACGAAGUCGGGAGGAUACACGGAGGUCACCUUUUUGCGCCCAAGUGUCAAAGGUGUUUGUUCCUAUUUGAACCAAGUGUGGAGCUCGCUGAUUUAUUUACUUUCGACGGUCCUCGAAUGACGGCGCAGGUAGAUUAUUUGGUGGUGCUGUGCGCCACCACAUCUGGCGCCAGCGGGGAGCUGCUUGGCUCCGACGAGAAGGAGUUAGCCAGGCUGAUAUGGCAGCAGGUGGAUGUCAACAACAAAAAGUUGGGCAAGGUGAACGAGCUGCUGAUUCAGCCUGAAGUGUCAGAAUUGACGGAUGAAAAAAAUGAGGGGGAUGUGGUGGAGGAGCACGUGGAAGAAGAAGAAAACGUAUCCGGGGCAGAUUGUGUAUUUACAGCAAAGAGCCUGGAGACGGCUUUAAAUACGUUUCAUCUCCAACUGACAAAUGAGGUGAACAGCGCAGGUGCGGGCACGUCAGUGUGUUUAUGUACCGACGGGCAGCUCCACAUCCGUCAAGUGAUUCACCCCGAGGCCGCCAGCAAGAACAUCCUGGUCCCGGACUGUUUCUACUCCUUCUUUGACCUCCGUAAAGAAUUCAAAACGCACUUCCCCUCUGACCUCAGUACUUUGGAUGUCAACACCAUGGUGGAGUCUUUAAGCAUACCUAUGGAAUCACCUGCUAUGCUGGGAAUGCUGGAUCCAUCGGUCCCGUUGCCUCCAGAAGUAGCCGUGCAGCAGGUCCGGAUGAUGGCCCAAAUUGUCCUCAGUCUGCUUUCUGAGCCACUACUCCAUACAUUCUCAAACCCGGAAAGAGUUAAUGAGAAGUUUGAGACGGGUACGUGCAGUAAAAUGGAGAAAGUGAGUGACAGCACAAUAAUCCGAGCCAGAGGGUUACCAUGGCAAUCCUCCGACCAGGACAUUGCCCGUUUCUUCAGCGGACUCAAUAUUGCCAAAGGCGGGGCCGCGCUGUGCCUCAACGCUCAGGGGAGGAGGAACGGCGAGGCCCUCGUUCGUUUCGUCAGCGAAGAACAUCGAGACCUGGCGCUGCAACGACACAAGCAUCAUAUGGGCACCAGAUACAUUGAGGUUUACAAAGCAACUGGAGAAGACUUCCUGAAGAUAGCAGGAGGCACCUCCAACAAAGUCGCCAUCUUCUUAUCCCGCGAGGACCAAAUCAUCGUGAGGAUGCGAGGCCUUCCCUUCACGGCCACGCACGAGCAGGUGCUGGCCUUCUUCUCGCCAGAAGACGACCUCAAAGACACCUGUCCCGUCAGCGGAGGGAGGGACGGCAUCCUAUUCGUGCGCUACCCGGACGGCCGACCUACCGGCGACGCUUUUGUGCUGUUCGCCUGCGAUGAACAUGCCCAGUGUGCGCUCAGGAAACACAAGGAGAUCCUCGGGAGGAGAUAUAUUGAGUUAUUCAAGAGUACUGCAGCAGAAGUCCAGCAGGUGCUGAACCGCUACUCGUCGGCCCCGCUGAUCCCCGUAGCCCCCGCCCCGUUGCUAUCAGUGUUGCCCGCAAUGUCUCUCCUGCCCCCUCCCAUCCUCGUGAGGGACUGCCUGAGACUGCGGGGUUUGCCUUACUCGGCCAGCAUCGAAGAUAUCCUCACCUUCUUGGGCGACUUCACCAACGACGUCCGACCGCAUGGCGUUCACAUGGUCCUCAAUCAGCAGGGUCGCCCAUCCGGCGACUGCUUUAUCCAGAUGACGUCGGCAGAGCGAGCGCUUUCAGCCUCGCAGCAACUCCACAAGCACGUGAUGUGCGCCCAGCACGGGCCCAACAGCCGCUACGUGGAGGUGUUCCCCUGCAGCGCCGAGGAAAUGGGCCUGGUGCUGAUGGGAGGCUCGCUCUCGCACACGCACACACACACACACAACCGGAACAGGAGUGGGACAGGGCUCAGCCCGCCGCCAUGUAAGUCCAGACGUUUAUCUCCGCCGUCCUACUCCUUCACCCCCAAUCCGCCUGUCCUAACCCCCGAGGCCGCCGCCGCGCUCUACCCGCCGCUCGGUCAGGUGUUGCUAGGUCCUCGCCCCCUCCUCCCGGGGCAUGCCUACUACCCGUCCACGGCGCAGCUAUAUAUGAACUACGCGGCCUACUAUCCCAGCCCACCUGGCUCUCCCAAUACUGUGGGCUUCUUCCCCUCCCCCAACGUCCUCUCCUCGCCCGGGGGGUUGAUGCGCAUGCCGGGUCUGACCUACAACAGCAAAGAUCUCAUUAACGCAGUGCAGGGCUAUCAGACUGCCGUGGAGCCGGUCUCCGUCCUAAACAGCAGCCUGAUGGGCCAACCGGGUAACGGCGAGCCUCCCGUGGUGUCCCUCCCAACUUUGAUGAGCAAACACAGCGGACACUAUCUGGACCUGAGCCAGCUGCUCUAAGCCGCAACCACGUAUUAGCUUUUUUUCAAGUAGUUUUAUUUAUAUCUUCCGAAAACAGCCACUAUUAUAUUUUAUACUACGUAUGGCUUUGGCCAAAAAAAAAAAAACAACCAUCUUUUAUUGCACAAUGUGUAUCUUUUACAAAAGCUUUGUAGAAUUUUUUUUUUUUGUGUUACAUUUUUUUGAAUAAUCACUAUUAUAUAUUUGCUAGCCAAAGUAGUAAAAAAAAAAAAAAAAAAGACUUUGUAGCAAGAGAGCUCAAUGUUUCAACGUUCUCUGUGAAGAGAGACAAUGUGCGUGUGCGUAUGUGUGUGUGUCUUGAAUGAACUACGUGUGUUAUAGUUUGACAAAGCAGCAUUUGGGCCACACUGAAAAUGAUUUUUUUCUUUUUUUGAAUUUUCAAUCUGGUCCUCCCAACCCAUGUUUUGAUAGCUCAUCUGUUUCUGAUCCAUGUGAUACCUUUUACUUCACCUCCACUACACGUUGUAUUGGAUUUUGGACGUUUGAGUGCAUGAAGAACAGUUAACAAUCAAACCUUCCGAUGUUUACACAAGGGGCCGAUACCAAUGCACUGCUAAUCAAUACUUAUUCUAACGGCACAUACAUACGUUUGAAUGCCGGUUUAUGUUAUGUUACUCUGUGAGUCGCUCUAAAGCUUCAUUAAUGCUGAGAACUAGAUUGGGCUAACUCCAUUUGACUUUGCAUCUAACAAAUAUGCAUUUUCGCCAUUCAUUUCUGCACUUAUCUUUAAAAUGACCAAAAAAGGAGCGAACCCACUCUUGUUCUCAGUAACUCAUGUGCCUACAUAUAUGUACAUUUGUCGCCAAUGCUCUUGUGCCUUUUGUUGGAGAUUAAAGCAAAGCUCCAGUUGUUUGUAACUGUUUGUGAAGCCAGCAAAUCUUAUUAGACAUUUCUCCAACCAAAGGCUGCUAAAUAAACACAAACCUAAGAUGCCCAUUGAAUCCAUUUACAUUGUGAACUUGUUUUGUGUAUGUAGCAGAACUGGAAGGUCCUGCUGAAAAAUAAACGUAUUAUGACAUUUGCA